GGCGGUUAUGUGUAAAUAAUCGAUAGCAUCGUCGGAAGGAGACAGGUUCCAGUAGUCGGUGGUAGAAGGAAACUUAUAUCACCCGGCCCGAGUUUGUUCUCAAGACACAGUCACAAAAAAGAAUAAAAAAAAGGGUAACCUCUUCCUUCUCAUUCUUUCGGACCGAUCCACUACACUCGGAAGGGGCAAGGGUAGGGAAGGGAAUCCGAUCGUCAGCCGUCCGUCCGUCCGUCCGUCCGUUAUCCUGAGCACCGGCGGCGAGAUCGCCGAAGAAGAUGCGAGGGAGGAGAUGUGGAAGGCGGUCAAGGACAGGGAAGCGGGCGUCCUUCUCCCCUCUUCAUUCGCCAGCCGUAUCCGUUCCCAUCGCGUCGCUUCUUUUGAUCUUUCGAACCAUAAAGAGAUCGUCAGUCCCCACAACGGCGCCAUCAAUUCUCUCCAGGUUGAUUUGACAGAGGCACGAUAUCUGCUAUCUGGAGCAUCGGAUGGAUCAGCAGCUGUCUAUGAUAUCCAACAUGCUACUGAUUAUGAGAGAGGCUUGAUUGCGAAACACAGGAGUCUUUUUGUUGUUGACAAACAACACAGCCAUGGACAUAGAUAUGCCAUAUCUACUGUUAUAUGGUAUCCAGUGGACACAGGGCUGUUUAUCACAGGUUCUUUUGAUCAUUAUAUUAAAGUCUGGGAUACAAAUACAACUCAGGUUGUAAUGGAUUUCAAAAUGCCUGGAAAGGUUUACCGCACAGCAAUGUCAUCAAUAGCCACAACACAUAUGCUUAUUGCUGCUGGUAGCACAGAUGUACAAGUUCGUUUGUGUGAUAUUGCUUCUGGAGCAUUCACUCAUACAUUAUCUGGUCAUCGUGAUGGAGUUAUGUCUCUGGAAUGGUCUACCUCCAGUGAAUGGAUUUUGGUGACUGGGGGGUGCGAUGGUGCAAUACGUUUCUGGGAUAUCAGACGUGCAGGAUGUUUUCGUAUUUUAGAUCAAUCACGAUCUCAACUUGGAAGGCGACCUCCUUUAGCUGAAAGUACAUCAAAGAAGGGUUCAGUAACAGGACAAUCAUCUUCAGUGAAGACGGCGGUGUCUCAGAGAAGGAUACCUCUUGGUAAUGAAACGAAGCAAUUGAGAACCCUUCGUAAAAGUCAAAUUCUAACAAGAGGGCCUGUGGUGCAGAGACUGCAUCCUGGUUUAUCAUCAAGUCAUAAUCGUGCAACUGCUCAUUAUGGUGCUGUCACUGGAUUAAGAGCAACUGGAGAUGGCAUGUAUCUUCUAAGCUCGGGCUCAGAUUCACGAUUAAGACUGUGGGAUAUCGAUUCUGGUUGCAACACCUUGGUCAACUAUGAAGCUAUGCGUCUCCAGCCUACUAAAGCAUUACAGCUUGCUGUCACUCAGGAUUCGUCUCUCGUGUUUGUUCCAUGCAUGGCAACUGUCAAGGCAUACGAUGUGUGGUCUGGUAUGACAUGUAGGACAUUCCGUGGCCACUAUGAAUUAGUGAACUGCUGCUGUUUCAGUUCACAGUAUCAGGAGUUGUACAGCGGGAGCAACGAUAGACAAAUUCUUGUGUGGUCUCCACCCAAUCCCAUUAUUGCUGAAAUGGAAGAUGGCAGGGGUGGGUUGGUUUCCGUUGCUGAUCAGGAUAACUGGAGUGACUGAGGAAAAUUUUCAAUUGUGUACCAAAAAAUAAGGGAAACUCACAUUUCCAUGUCAAGCUUCCUGUCUGCUUUGAAUAUCCUGUAUGUAUUGGUUUGUCUACAUGCUGGUUAAUACAUCCUGGAACUCAAGAUGGAAUCCGAGGUUUCCAUGCAAAAAUGUGUACUUCUCAAAAGUUAUCCUUGUUUGAUGUCGUAAAACUAGACUGACAUGUAAAUUGUACAAAUUAUUGACAAUUUUGGCCAUUUUGGCGUUCUCUGUGUCUUUGCUAAUACGUUUUGCUAAAAUGCUUCCAAUUUAAAAAGAGUUAAAAUCCAA